UUCGAGAGCCAGUGGACACACAUUGAAUACAUUAUAUCGACCUUUGGUUCUGUCGAUCGUCGAUGUGAUAUUAGCAAGCGAAUUUCUUUGUGUUUUGUUCUUGGUUAAUUAACGAGACAGUAUAUGUAGGCUUAUAUUUUCGAUAAUCAAGCGAUAAACAGUUACUUCAUUUGUUUCGCUUCCACAGUCGUAUGUACAAGUGUAGACUGUGACGGGGGUUCGCACACUACAUUUUAGUGCAGAGCAAUUUAGCUAAAAGUUUAUUUGGUUUGGGUCUGUAUGGGAACAUUUUCCAGUUUUGACCUCCAUAGUCGUACGAAUUGAAUCAUAAGCUGAAUAAAUAGAUUUGCCAACACUGGCUGAUAAAUUGCCAACAAUGAAGGUGGAUUUACCUCAAAUUGCAACAUGGCUGCUGCUUCUCAGACGUUUGUGGGAGAAGUUUAGUCCCUGAUGUGAAAUAAGUUUUUUUACAUUCAUCUUCACGCAAAAAGGAAGGACGUAUUUGAUAGAAUUUCCUUGUUUUGAAUCGUAGGUUCAGCCUAACUGGAGAAGUAGGGGCGAGGGAGUCUCGGACACUCAUUUUGCUGAUUAGCUCCAUGGCAGUACCUUGGUGAAAAAGGCAGGACUUGCUCUGUGGAUUUACUUGUUGUAACGGAAAAGACUGCUCAUAGCUGCAUCUCAGUAAGUCGUCACUGAGAAGAAAAUGCAUUUUUCUAUUCCUGAGACGGAGGUUCGCUCCGGUGAAAAUGGAUCUACAUACGUGGCCUACAACAUCCAUGUCAAUGGUGUCCUGCACUGCCGAGUACGCUACAGCCAGCUCUUAGGCCUCCAUGAACAGAUAAAGAAAGAGUAUGGGAACAAUGUGGUUCCUGCCUUCCCUCCAAAGAAAAUCUUCACCCUUACCCCAGCAGAGGUGGAGCAACGGCGUGAGCAGCUGGAGAAGUACAUGCAGGCCUUGCGUCAAGAUCCCUUGCUGGGAGCCAGUGAGACAUUCAACAGCUUUUUAAGAAAAGCUCAGCAGGAGACGCAACAAAUCCCCACUGAAGAGGUCCAGCUGGAGGUCCACCUGUCCAAUGGGCAGAAGGUCACAGUCAAUAUCCUGACGUCAGAUCAGACCGAGGAUGUGCUCGAGGCGGUUGCAACAAAACUAGACUUGCCUGACGAUUUGGUGGGCUACUUUAGCCUCUUCCUGAUUCAGGAAGGAGAGCAUGGAAACUGCACAUUCGUGAGGAAGCUGCAGGAAUUCGAGUUGCCCUUCGUGUCUGUCACCAGCCUGCACAACCCUGACUACCACAUCGUCCUCCGGAAAAGCUACUGGGACUCUGCAUAUGACAGUGAUGUCAUGGAGAACAGAGUGGGUCUUAACCUGUUGUAUGCUCAGACGGUGUCUGACAUUGAGCGGGGCUGGAUUCUCGUGAACAAAGACCAGCACCGACAGCUGAAAUCCUUGCAGGAGAAGGGCUCAAAGAAAGAGUUCAUCAGGCUUGCGCAGACACUGAAGUACUUUGGCUAUAUCAAGUUUGACCCCUGUAUCACAGACUUCCCGGAAAAGGGGUGCCAUGUUAUCGUCAGUGCUGGCAACAACGAGCUCAGCUUUCAUGUCAAGCUGCCCAAUAACCAGAUGAAGGAGGGCAGCUUCAAAGUUACACGCAUGAGAUGCUGGCGGGUCACCUCAUCUCAGGUCCCAGUGGCCAAUGGCACAGCCAACCCCUGCAGCUCCAUCAAGUGUGAUGUCAAACUGGAGCUGGCCUUUGAGUAUCUGAUGAGCAAAGACCGUCUGCAGUGGGUCACCAUCACCAGCCCACAGGCGAUAAUGAUGAGCAUCUGCCUCCAGUCCAUGGUAGAUGAACUGAUGGUGAAGAAGUCUGGUGGAAGCAUUAAGAAACAGAUGCAGAAGAGACGUCUCAAUGGCUCCAUCCACCGAUCCAACAGUCAGCAAGCUGUGAAGUCCCCUCCGUUACUGGACUCCCCCGACACGAGCCGUGAACAAGUACCCAAGCUCUCGACAAAGCUCUCUUCUGUCUCCCUGAGGGGCAUUAGUGCCUCCAACUCAGCUAAUGAUCUCAGCGGUAAUGAUUUCCAUGGAAACUAUGCCUUUGAGGGCAUCGGGGAUGAUGACCUGUGAUGCCUGUCUCAGACCGAACCACAGGACAACUGAGACAAGCUGAGACUGUUAGUGCACAUGCCACUGGUCCAAUUCUGCGAGAUUCCAACCCAACUGAGUGCUCUGCUGCCCUAAGACCUUCUCCAGCAGUGCAAACACACACACACGCACGCACGCACACACACACACCACAAAUCAAGUAAGGGUGUUACAAGUUAUUAAUUUACAUAGAUCUGACCAAACUAGAGUACUUGUAAUAUCCAGACCUUGUUAAUAAGCAAAAUGCAGUGUAAACACAUACCUGUUCAAAAUUUCAGACCUGUGUGUAGGUAUAUCCUGUUAAGGACAGUGUAACCAUACACGUAGUCACAGGGUUACAUAAUUGCUUUGGGGCCAAUUACCAUAUCCAAGAAAGAUGUUAUUGGCUACUGCUGACAUCGACCUUCAUGAAAUAGUACUUACUUAUUAGAAAUGACUAAUCUAUUUUAUUCAUCACCCCUUGCUAGGCAUUCCAUGAACCCUCUACCAUCUUAUGUCAAUCUGAUGACUUCAGUGCAAGUUCUUGCUAUAUCUGAGGAUGCUAAUUUGAAUAAGUACAAACAUUCUAACAUUAUCUAUCUGGUUCAUUUGCAUUAGACUUGGUUAUCAUGACUAAAGUCUAAAUGGUUGUGGCCUCAGGCUAAAGUCUGUUGGCAUUUCUGUGCCAAACUAGAGAAGGGAGUACUCAGUUAAAACCUUCAAUAUGUACAGAGUCCCAAACCUUAUUUUCUUUUGUUUCUUUGUCUUUAUUGGCCAUCGGGUACUUCAGAACUGUUCACAACAUGUGAUAAAGAACAGAAGUCCUAAUACAGUUCCCAAUGGAAAGCUGCUCCUCAGAUGCAUUGCUAGAGAGUCCUACAGUGUCCUUUUUUUUUCCUUAAAAAUGCCUUACAUUCCAGCUUGCCAGUUUGGAUGCAAAUCCAGCAUUGAGAACUGAUUGGCUUAAAGUUGUUUCACUGUUGGGUCCUGGCCAGCAGAAGCUCUGGUGAGAAAUCUUGCAGAAUUUAGUGCCAUUCGGUUGGUGUUGUUGGCAGAACUGCUUGCACAUGCUGAACCCAUGUUUUUGCACAGUAUUAACAAGGACAGAUGACUGACUUGAUAUUUAUUGAGAAAUUAACCAUGGAAAACAUUCAGACAUGUAGAAAUGGCUUGUGCAGAUCUGUCAUUAGAUUUAUUCCCUGUUUUCCAGCCAAUAUUUUGUGAAAUGUUUCUCAUAAAUGCCAAAAUUAUAGUUUACUAAAGCAUUUUGCACAGAGGAAGCAUUUAAAAUCAUGGUAAUGUCACUUUUAUAAAUGUACAUGCAAUUAAGAAAAAAGUAUUCUGAAAAUUUUACUAAUAUGUAUCAUCAAUAGAGAAUUAUAAUCAAAUACCAUAGAUCAAAUAUAAUCCAAGAUGUGUAAAAUUAAAAUAGAAACUAACAUGUAUCACUGUUUACAGAAUUGUAGAAAGAGAGCAGUGUUUACAAAUUUCAGAUUGAAUUUCAGUGAUUGUCUUUUUACUCAUAAUGCAUUUUAUUUUUUGAGAACGUCACCUAUUUUUCAAAAUUAAUUUUGUAUUUUAUGAAAUACAUUGUGGCAAUCAUCUCGGAGGACUGUGUGAAAGUGGUGCUUGGAAGAUGGCUACAUUUUCAUCUUUCAUGCUGGUGUUCUGACUACAUCCUAUGAUGUGAUUGUCAGUGUGAACCGAAUACCCAUGUCUAUUCAACCCCCCAUUUGUGAUGGUCUUCGGUCCAGAGAUGCAGUCUCCAGUGUAAUUCCUACUUGCCAAAUACAGUGAAGAAUACUGAUUGAAUUUAGUUGUUGGAGAAAAUGAUCAAUAUUUGUCUCAUCAGUAUGGGUGUUACUGAGAGCAGAGCAUGUUCUUAUUCUGUAAAGGGUGGCUGAUUGUUUUAAUGUCUGUAUUCUGUAAUUGUCAAUGUCACCACUGUAUCGAGAAAGAAAAUGGUUAAUGGUAUAUCCUUUUAAUGCCAGAGCAUCACAUGAAGCCUAUCAUUGUGCUUUUAGCUGCAUCACCAUUUUAUAUUUAGGAGCAGAGAAUGAAGGAGGUGGAGACCUGGAGUUCAAUAAAAUCAGGUGCCAAACAAUA